CGAGCCGAGCGUGCGGCCGGCCGGGGCGCCUCCAACUCGUGGGGGACCCUCCGCUGCGAUCGGUGCCCGCCAGGACCCGCCUGGGCGCGCGGUGGCCUGUUCCUUUGUGAGGCUGGCAUGCAGGAUGGCAGGACAGCCCGGCCACCUACCCCAGGGAGGGUGCCCCAACAACCUAUGCCACAGCCCAGGGCCCGCACACCCUCCUGACCCACAGAGGCACCUGAGCGCCCCUACCUUCCGCUGCUCGCUGGCUGACUUCCAAAUCGAGAAGAAGAUCGGCCGUGGGCAGUUCAGUGAGGUCUACAAGGCCACAUGCCUGCUGGACAGGAAGACGGUGGCACUGAAGAAAGUGCAGAUAUUUGAGAUGAUGGAUGCCAAGGCCAGGCAGGACUGCGUGAAGGAGAUCGGCCUUCUAAAGCAACUAAACCACCCAAAUAUCAUCAAGUACCUGGACUCCUUCAUCGAGGACAACGAGCUGAACAUCGUGCUGGAGCUGGCAGAUGCGGGCGACCUCUCCCAGAUGAUCAAGUACUUCAAGAAGCAGAAGCGACUCAUCCCGGAGAGGACGGUGUGGAAGUACUUUGUGCAGCUGUGUGGGGCCGUGGAGCACAUGCAUUCCCGCCGGGUCAUGCACCGAGACAUCAAGCCUGCCAAUGUGUUCAUCACAGCCACGGGUAUCGUAAAGCUAGGGGACCUCGGCCUGGGCCGCUUCUUCAGCUCCGAGACCACCGCUGCCCACUCCUUAGUGGGAACACCCUAUUACAUGUCCCCCGAGAGAAUCCAUGAGAAUGGAUAUAACUUCAAGUCGGACAUCUGGUCUCUGGGCUGUCUGCUGUACGAGAUGGCCGCCCUCCAAAGCCCCUUCUAUGGCGACAAGAUGAACCUCUUCUCCCUGUGUCAGAAGAUCGAGCAGUGUGACUACCCACCACUGCCCGCCGAGCACUACUCCGAGAAGCUACGGGAACUUGUGGGCAUGUGCAUCCAUCCAGACCCCGCGCAGAGGCCCGACAUCAACUACGUGCACCAGGUGGCCCGGCAGAUGCACAGCAGGGCCCUGAGCACCUGAGCGCCUGGGCACCCGUCACCCUCCAGCCCAGACCCACUCGUAGAGGGUCCAUCCUGGGGGUGCUUUGUGUCGAGAGCUACGGGGAAGGCGCUGGUGACUGUCCCUGAUGGGCUGACAAGGUGGGUGGCAUGAGCCCUGGACGUCCCAUGGCCUAGACUGUAAUGUGAAUCUCCUGGAUCAUUCCUUCAGCGACCUGGCAGGUGUGGAAGGAAAGCCAGGGAAAGGGGCAGUCUCUGCUCAACUCACC